UCCCGGAAUACAGCCUUAGAAAUAACGGCGCUGUUAAAAGUGAUCGAUGCGCACGCAUGAUCGAUAAUUCUCAUAACCAUAAUCUAGGGCAAUAAUUUAGAUCUAGAGGAUCCUACUGAUGAUCACGUGUGAUCGUACAUUUAUUUCUUACAACCCAUUGUUUACACGAGGAUUGCAUCAGAUUCUAUGAUUGGCAAGUUUACAGCGAUGGGUUAGCAGUCUUGCGUCCUCGUUGUUUGAAAGGCUCUUGAUUAAUUCUUUGGAUAGCUCACGACGAAGUGAAAAUGACGUCACAAGAACAAAUUCCCUGUAGUCUGCCCGAUACACAGAACGCGGAUGCUGUAUUGACACAAUCGCAGGAGGUAUCAAGCCAGCAGCAAACGAUGGCUGUUUGGGGAAGACUGUGUCCUAGGAGACCAUACCUGCGAAGUCUGGAAAUGAAGGAUACCUCUUAUACCUUAGGACGCGCCCCGAGCUGCGACAUUUAUUUAACUACAAAUGAGUUUAAACACCUGUCUGUGAUUAGUAAGAUACACUUUCGCAUAUACAGGGAGCGCGUUGGUAACACGAACGAGAUCGUAGUAUACUUGGAAGAUUUAAGCCACAAUGGAACUUAUGUUAACCAAGAAUUGGUUGGUCAUGGAAGACGUGUCAUUAUCGGAAAUAAUUCCGAGAUAGCUUUAGCCAAGAGUUCCUUCUCAUUUUAUAUAUUCGUGAGUGCAAAUGCACACGAGACUGCUUGUGAGUUGCCACUGCAGCUGAAGCAGAGGUAUGUAAUCGGCCGUAGACUAGGAACUGGUGCUUGUGGUGAAGUGAGGCUGUUAUUCAAGAAGGAUGGUUCCGAAACAUUUGCUAUAAAAGUUAUACAAAAAAAUUAUUUUAGCACCGGAACUGGCAACAUACUCAAUAAUCCAGCAAAUGUUCGAAACGAAGUUGAAAUAUUAAGAAAGCUGAAGCAUCCUUGUAUAAUUCCUUUGAAGGAUAUUUUUGACACGCCCGAAGUUAUGUACAUUAUUCUUGAAUUAAUGGAGGGUGGUGAGCUUUUUGAUCGAAUAAGAAGCAGAAAAAAACUGUCCGAAUCAUGUGCAAAACUGAUAUUCUAUCAAGUUGUACAUGCUGUUAAUUAUCUUCACAGACAGGGAAUCACACACAGAGAUCUGAAGCCAGAGAAUAUACUGCUGAAGGACAAUUCGGAAAAUCCUUUGGUCAAAGUAUCAGAUUUUGGCAUGUCAAAAUUCGUAGAUGCCCAAACAAUGAUGAGGACAUUCUGUGGGACUCCUAUGUAUGUUGCUCCAGAGAUUUUAGCAACCAAUGGACGCAGCUCUUAUACAAAUCAAGUCGAUGUAUGGAGUUUAGGAGUGAUAUUGUAUGUCAGUUUAAGUGGCAGGGUUCCUUUUUCAAAUAAUAAUGUUACUUUAGCGGAUCAAAUUAAAGGUGGAAUGUAUGAAUUUCGAUCGCAAUUUGAACUAGUAUCACAGGAUGCUACAAAUCUGAUUAAACGUAUGAUGACGGUGGAUCCGAAGACACGUAUAACAGUGCCACGCAUCUUAUUACAUCCGUGGUUACGUGACACAAAUAUGCGAAGAGAAGUCAACAGACUGAUGUCCGGCAUUAUCUACAAUGAAGAUAAUGACGAGAAUUUACCACCUCCGUAUAUCCAUCCGAAUAAACGUCCUCGACUUAUUUAAAAAAAAAAAAACAGGAUAUAAAAAAUAUCUCAUUUCGCGAGCAAGAGGUGGAGUGUUUUCUAGUGUUUUCUUGAUAGAUCUGGCUUUUCGUUAACGUUGUGAUACAUGUAUACGUUACCCACUUAGAAUAAUUUUUAUUUAAAAA